AUGCAUGUCGCGCUGAUCGGGCCGGGUGAACGCCUCGAAGGUGCAGCUCACCAGCACGCAACAAACUACGACUUUGUGCUGUGUUUCUACGGCAAAUUGACGAAGUUCAUCCGCAUCGGCAUCGCGGAUAAAAAUGACAACCCGCCGUACUUCGACAAGGCGCUGUACGAGGCGGAGGUGGACGAGAAUGAGGACAUCCAGCACACGGUGCUCACCGUCACCGCCAAGGACCACGACGAGUCGUCCCGUAUUCGAUAUGAGAUCACGAGCGGGAACAUAGGUGGAUCCUUCGCCGUGAAGAACAUGACGGGCGCCAUCUACGUGGCGGGCCCGCUGGACUACGAGACGAGGAAGAGGUAUGACUUGACGCUGGUGGCAUCGGACAGCCUGAACGAGCAGUCGACGAGGGUGGUGAUCCACGUGAAUGAUGUGAAUGACCUGCCGCCUGUGUUCAACACCACCCAGUACUCGGCCGUCAUGCAAGAGGAGUUCCCCGGCCCGCACCCGUACCGGCUACUGCAGGUGACAGCCACUGAUGGCGACAGGGAUCGACCACAAAAUAUUGUGUACUUUUUGACGGGUCAAGGUAUUGACCCUGAUAAUCCAGCCAACAGCAAAUUUGACAUAAACAGGACAACUGGGGAAAUAUUUGUUCUCAAGCCCCUGGACAGAGACCAGCCAAAUGGACGCCCUCAAUGGAGGUUUACAGUAUUUGCUCAAGAUGAGGGUGGUGAAGGUCUUGUUGGAUAUGCUGAUGUACAAGUCAACUUGAAAGACAUUAAUGACAAUGCACCAGUGUUCCCUCAGGGAAUUUAUUUCGGAAAUGUAACAGAAAAUGGAACUGCAGGAAUGGUUGUCAUGACAAUGACUGCAGUGGAUUAUGACGACCCAAAUGAAGGAUCUAAUGCCAGGCUUAUAUACUCCAUUGAGAAGAAUGUUAUAGAAGAGGAAACUGGUUCUCCAAUAUUUGAAAUAGAAUCAGAGACUGGUGUAAUCAAGACAGCUGUAUGUUGCCUUGAUCGUGAACGAACUCCAGAUUAUUCCAUCCAGGUGGUGGCCAUGGAUGGAGGAGGGUUAAAAGGGACUGGAACAGCGUCCAUAAGAGUUAAAGAUAUAAAUGACAUGCCUCCACAAUUCACAAAAGAUGAAUGGUUCACUGAAGUAGACGAGACUGAUGAGACAAACCUUCCUGAGACUCCUAUUCUUACUGUGACUGUGCAUGAUGAAGAUGAAACAAAUAAAUUCCAGUAUAAGGUUCUUGAAAAUAGUGGCUAUGGUGCUGACAAAUUUACAAUGGUGAGGAAUAAUGAUGGAACAGGUUCACUGAAAAUUGUUCAACCACUUGAUUAUGAGGAUCAGAUGCAGAGCAAUGGUUUUAGGUUUAGAAUACAAGUCAAUGAUAAGGGUGAAGAUAAUGACAAUGAUAAAUACCAUGUGGCCUACUCAUGGGUUGUUGUCAGGUUAAGAGAUAUUAAUGACAAUAAACCUCAAUUUGAACGUCCCAAUAUUGAAGUUUCAGUGUAUGAAAAUGCUGAACUGGGAAAAAGCUUAGAAACCUUCAAGGCAACAGACCCUGACCAAGGAGGAAAGAGCAAAGUGAAAUACGCAAUAGACCGCACUUCAGAUCGUAAACGACAGUUUGCCAUCAGUCAAGAUGGUAUUGUGUCAAUUCAGAGGAAUCUUGACAGAGAAGAAACACCACGACAUCAAGUUAAAGUUCUCGCAAUUGAUGAUGGCGUUCCCCCAAAGACAGCAACAGCUACAUUAACUGUAAUUGUUCAGGACAUAAAUGAUAAUGCCCCUACAUUUCUGAGAGAUUAUAGACCUGUACUUCCUGAACAUGUUCCUCCCCGAAAAGUUGUAGAAAUACUGGCAACUGAUGAUGAUGACAGGUCAAAGAGUAAUGGGCCUCCUUUUACAUUCCGGAUGGACCCCAAUGCAGAUGAUGUUAUACGAGCAUCCUUCAAAGUCGAACAUGAUCAGAAGGGUGCUAAUGGUGAUGGCAUGGCAGUUGUCUCAUCCCUUCGAUCAUUUGACCGAGAGCAGCAGAAAGAAUAUUUGAUUCCAAUUGUAAUAAAGGAUUCUGGAAAUCCUGCCAUGUCAGGGACCAGCACACUAACUGUUGUCAUUGGAGAUGUUAAUGAUAACAAAAUGCAGCCAGGCUCCAAAGAUAUAUUUGUAUAUAAUUAUAUGGGUCAAGCACCAGAUACAGAAAUUGGAAGGGUUUAUGUGUAUGAUCUGGAUGACUGGGAUUUACCAGACAAAAAGUUUUACUGGGAAGGUGCUGAACAUCCAAGAUUUAAACUUAAUGGAGAUACCGGAAUGAUAACAAUGCGUCAUGGAACACAAGACGGGAGGUAUAACUUGCGAUUCAAAGUAUAUGACAGAAAACACACUCAAACAGAUGUGCAGGCAAAUGUGACUGUGACUGUACGAGAAAUACCUCACGAAGCUGUUAUAAAUUCAGGGUCUGUUCGAAUUGCAGGAUUAUCAGAUGAAGAUUUUGUAAGAGUUUGGGAUUACAGAACACAGAGUCUUCAACGUAGCAAAGCUGAUCGUUUCCGCGAUAAACUUGCUGAACUUCUGGAAACAGAAAGAGAAAAUGUAGAUGUUUUCAGUGUUCAGCUCCGUAAAAAGCAUCCACCAAUUACAGACAUCAGAUUUUCUGCUCAUGGAUCACCUUAUUACAAGCCUGUGAGACUGAAUGGCCUAGUUCUAAUGCACAGAGAAGAGAUUGAGAAGGAUGUUGGAAUCAAUAUAACUAUGGUUGGUAUAGACGAGUGCCUUUAUGAAAAUGUUAUGUGUGAAGGGAGUUGUACAAAUGUGUUGGAUAUUAGUAACCUUCCUUACAUGGUUAAUGCUAAUAAAACAUCACUAGUUGGUGUUCGAGUAGAUGUUAUAGCUGAAUGCACAUGUGGUGCCCGAAAUUUUACCAAAGGAGAAAAUUGCCGGACAAGCCCUUGCUACAAUGGUGGUCGUUGCAUGGAGCGUAAAUAUGGACUGAGUUGCUCUUGUCCCAGUGGUUACAAUGGACCAAGAUGUCAGCAGACUUCACGUAGUUUCAGGGGGAAUGGUUGGGCAUGGUAUCCUCCACUUGAAAUGUGUGACAAUUCCCAUCUGAGUCUUGAAUUUAUUACUAAGAAAAAAGAUGGGAUGCUGUUGUAUAACGGACCAAUAGUGCCUCCUGAGACUAAUGAAGUUUUAGUGUCAGAUUUUAUUUCACUGGAGCUUGAAGGUGGAAUGCCAAAGCUGUUCAUUAAUUUUGGUUCAGGAACAUUGGAGUUGAGAGUUAAAACAAAAAAGACAUUAGAUGAUGGAGAAUGGCAUAAUAUUGAUAUUUUCUGGGAUACAGAGACUGUACGUUUGGUGGUGGAUUACUGCAAAUCAGCUGAUGUAGUAGAGCUGGAGGAUGGGACACCACCAGAAUUUGAUGAUUCUAGCUGCCAAGCACAUGGAACAGUGCCACAAUUCAAUGAGUACCUAAAUGUCAACGCUCCUUUACAGAUUGGUGGUUGGUAUGUGCAAAAUUUUGAAGCAGAACUAUAUGAAUGGACAACAUUACCAUCAGGCAAGGGUUUCGAUGGAUGUAUCAAAAAUGUGUUUCACAACAGUAAGCUGUAUGAUCUAGCACACCCAGGACUCUUUCGGAACAGUGUCGCAGGCUGUCCUCAAACAGAAGCGCUAUGUGAAGCACAAGAUGCAACUACUCGUUGCUGGGAACAUGGUUCUUGUGUGGGUAGCUUUUCACAAGCCCGCUGUAAAUGUGAACCAGGAUGGACAGGACCUAGUUGUACUGUUCCAACUAUACCUGCAACUUUCAGAACUCAGAGUUAUGUGAAAUAUGCUCUCUCUUUUGAGCCUGACCGUUUCACCACACAGGUGCAGUUACGGUUUCGCACUAGAGAGGAACGUGGUGAACUAUUCAGAGUUAGUGAUCAGCACAAUCGGGAGUAUGGUAUCCUUGAGAUAAAAGACAGUCGACUUCACUUCCGAUAUAACCUUAAUAGUCUGCGGACAGAAGAAAGGGAUAUCUGGCUAAGUGCAGUCACUGUGGAUGAUGGGCAAUGGCACACAGCGAAGGUCUCCCGGUAUGGUUCAGCAGCUACACUUGAGCUUGAUGGUGGAGAAGGGCGAAGAUACAAUGAAACAUUUAUAUUUGAAGGGCAUCAGUUACUUCUGGUGGACAAGCAAGAAGGUGUCUAUGCUGGUGGAAAAGCUGAAUACACAGGUGUACGAACAUUUGAGGUUUAUGAUGAUUAUCAGAAAGGUUGUUUGGAUGACAUUCGACUAGAAGGCAAGCACCUUCCUCUUCCUCCAGCAAUGAACGGAACACAGUGGGGACAAGCAACAAUGGCACGGAAUCUGGAACGUAAUUGUCCAUCAAAUAAUCCCUGUGCAAAUGUUUUGUGCCCAGAUCCAUUUGAAUGUGUUGACUUGUGGAAUGACUAUGAAUGCACCUGUGGAGAAGGGAAGAUUGUGGCCCCUGACCAGAAAGGUUGUGCUGAUAAGAAUGAGUGCUUGGAUAUGCCUUGUCAGAAUGGUGGCUCAUGCAUCAAUGAAGAGCCUAAACUUCGUUACCGUUGCUCGUGUCCCGAGGGCUUCUGGGGGGAAAACUGCGAGUUGGUGCAGGAAGGGAGGACGCUCAAGAUUAGCAUGGGGGCACUUGCAGCCUUCUUAGUCUGUCUUCUCAUCAUCCUUAUACUGGUACUUGUGUUUGUCGUAUACAAUCGCCGACGUGAAGCUCGUAUCAAGUAUCCUGAACCAGACGAUGAUGUGAGAGAAAAUAUUAUUAAUUAUGAUGAUGAAGGUGGUGGUGAAGAUGAUAUGACAGCAUUUGAUAUUACACCUCUUCAAAUACCAAUUGGUGGACCCAUUCCAGAUAUGCAACCAAAACUUACAUUUCCUCCACUGGGCCCAGAGCCAAACAUAGGAGUGUUUAUAGAAGAACAUAAGAAGAGAGCUGAUGCUGACCCAAAUGCUCCACCAUUUGAUGAUCUAAGAAAUUAUGCAUAUGAGGGUGGUGGAAGUACUGCAGGGUCCUUGUCUUCUUUAGCUUCUGGUACAGAUGAUAAUGAACAAGAUUUUGACUACCUCGGAACCUGGGGUCCACGAUUUGACAAACUAGCAGACAUGUAUGGUCAGGAAGGGGAAGAAAGUGAGGAGGAUGAAGAACAGUAA